CUAGUGGGUACACAUCUGGGUCCCUUUCUGCCGGAACGCGCCGUUCCCAUCCGAGCCGGUCCGGGUAGGGGGAAAAAAAGGAUAAAUGAUAAUUUACGCUGGUGUCCGGGUCAGACAGGAGCGUGGUUUGACAUCACAUCCAUCUGCUAGCCCCGCUAAUAAUCUGCUAACUCGUCCUUAAUGAGCGGCUACGUCCAGUUCGUGAGCGGUGACCGUCAGUUUGAUUACUCAGCUUGACCACUCGUGAGUGCAGAGAGCGGGAUGCCUGGUUCAGCCCAGAUUAGCUACAUGGGACCGUGGCCCAAAGAUGUGGGUAUCAUUGCCUUGGAGCUGUACUUCCCUUCCGAGUUUGUGGACCAAGCCGAGCUGGAGCAGUACGAUGGUGUGGCCGCGGGGAAAUACACCGUGGGCUUGGGCCAGGCCCGCAUGGGGUUCUGCUCAGACCGCGAGGACAUCAACUCUCUGUGCCUGACCGUCGUCCAGCGGCUCAUGGAGAGGAACGGCUUGUCCUACGACAGCAUCGGCCGCCUAGAGGUCGGCACCGAGACCAUCAUCGACAAGUCCAAGUCUGUCAAGACGGUGAUCAUGCAGCUGUUUGAGGACUGUGGGAACACAGACGUGGAGGGCAUCGACACCACAAACGCCUGCUAUGGUGGAACGGCCGCGCUCUUCAACGCGGUAAACUGGGUGGAGUCCAGCUCGUGGGACGGACGCUACGCCCUGGUGGUCGCAGGCGACAUCGCCGUCUACGCCACAGGGAGUGCCCGGCCUACAGGGGGCGCCGGUGCAGUGGCCAUGCUGGUGGGGCCGAAUGCUCCAUUAGCCUUUGAACGAGGUCUGCGGGGGACACACAUGCAACAUGCCUACGACUUCUACAAACCAGACCUGAUGUCCGAGUACCCUGUGGUGGACGGCAAGCUGUCCAUCGAAUGCUACCUCAGUGCCUUGGAUCGCUGCUACUCAGUGUACCGCAACAAGAUCCACACGCAGUGGCAGAGAGAGGGUUCAGAUAAGCGCUUCAGCCUGGAAGAUUUCGGCUUCUUGGUCUUCCACUCUCCGUACUGCAAGCUGGUGCAGAAGUCGGUGGCUCGGCUGAUGCUCAACGACUUCCUGAACCAUCCCAACCCCAACACAGAGACCGGGCCCUUCACCGGCCUGGAUGCCUUCAGAGACGUGAAGCCAGAGGAGACCUACUUCGACAGGGACGUGGAGAAGGCCUUCAUGAAGGCCAGCGCCGAUCUGUUUGAAAGGAAGACGAAGACGUCGCUUUUGGUCUCCAAUCAGAAUGGAAACAUGUACACGCCCUCCGUUUACGGCUGCCUGGCCUCCGUCAUUGCAGAACACAGCCCCUCACAGCUGGCCGGACAGAGGAUCGGAGUCUUCUCUUACGGCUCCGGGUUCGCCGCCUCUCUGUAUUCCCUCAGAGUCACACAGGACCACACCCCGGGAUCCGCUUUAGAUAAACUGGUUUCCAGCUUGAGUGACCUGGGAGUCAGGCUGGACUCCAGGAAGAAGGUUGCUCCUGCAGUCUUCUCUGACAGCAUGAAGCUGAGGGAAGACACUCACCACUUAGCCAGCUAUGUCCCUCGAGGCUCUGUGGAGGAUCUGUUCCCAGGGACGUGGUACUUGACCAGAGUGGAUGAGAAGCAUCGCAGGGAAUAUUCCCGCAGACCUCUGGAUGACGACCUCCCUGCAGAGCCGGAGCUGGUUUGCUUGGGUGCUGCUGCUCAGCACAUCCCAAGUCCAGUCAAGAAAAUGCCCCGCAUCCCUGCCACCACCACAGCUCAUGAGGCCAGCAGCUAGGAGAGCGUCCACAGUUCCUCUGAGUCAUCUUGGUCCAGCAGAGUAAAGGUCCAGAAGAGAAACGAGCCCUUUUGAAUUGUGGCAGCAGCAAGACCCUGCCUGUGACCCCCUCCCCUCUCACAUCUACGAUAAUGAUUCAGCAGAAGCCUGUCCGUAAUGCAGCAUUCAAUGUACUGACAUUCUUUUUAGAUUUUUUUCAUUUUAAAUGGUAAUCUGGGCAGCUGAAGACUCAAACGAAGAGAGGAGGCAUGAUUUCAACCUGCUUACAGACUGCUUCAUUUGCCAAACAAUCACAAGAGUGCAUCAAGUUCUGCCGGCCAGUAUCCCAGAGCUGCCAGGUUUUCUCCAUUCAUCACUCUGGAACGGAUCACCAGAAUACAUUUCAGAGUGGUACCUCUCUAAAACACUAAUUAUCAAUGGGCAUCGUGUCAUCUCAAAGGGGGUUUGAGCCAUAACUAGUAGCCCGUUGUAUGAGAAUAAGCAUUUAUUUUUUAAUUCAGAACUACGUUUGAAAGCUCUCUGGCAGAAACCAUCAGCCUUUGCUGCACUGUGACUUCCUGCUGACGGCGGCGUUGGCUCUGGGGAGCUGGAACGGUUAGUGUAAAGCUGAGGAGAAGCCUUACAGAGCGUGAAGUGAAGACUGUAGAUAAAGCGUCAGAUAAUGUACAGAUCUAUUCUUUUAAAUUGUACAGUCACCCGGUUGCUGUGAUGCUGGGCUGUGGUCGUCACGCCGGCUUCAGUGUCGCUGGUGUGUCUGAGUGCGGCUGGUUUCAGAGCUCAAAAUGACCUUUUCUAGCAUCAGUGGUCAUGUACAGAACAAAGUCAGAUUAUUUAUGUGAUGUAGAUACAGGAGUGUGUUCAGGUCCACUCAGUCAUGGGUUUGUAAAAGCAUGAAUAAAUGGAUUCUGAACAUGGAAA